AUGGCUUGUACUUUUCGACCAUUGUGGAGACCUAGGCGAGAUUUUGAAGUCAAUGAUGCUGGGAAUAAUAUAGUUUUAUUUGAUUUCAUGCUUGAAAUGGACGUGGAAAAAGUUUUGAUGGGUGAACCUUGGUCCUUUGAUAGACAUUUGGUGGUGCUAGAGCAGCUCGGUGAUUCUUUAGGUGUAGUCUCUAAACCUAAAGAUAUAAGUGAGAUGAAAGGGGGUACUUUUAUGCGAGUGAGAGUGGAGGUGGAUGUUAUGAAGCCAUUGUGCAGGGAGCGGCGUGUUACCUGGGAUGAAGCAUCGGAAGGUUGGAUUUAUUUCAAAUAUGAGAGGCUCCCCAACAUUUGCUAUUGGUGUGGUCACUUGUCACAUGAUGACAAAGACUGCAUUAUUUGGCUUCAGAGUAAAGGAUCUAUGUUGACGGACAAGCAACAGUUUGGUGCGUGA